UCAGCCGUAGCGACGAUGUGGUCCCACAACGGCCUCAGGUACGAGACCUGCCCCAGCCAUCGAGCACACACUCGCGGCACCAGCUCACCCGGCCAACAAAUUAACAUCCUCAUGACAAAACAGCACAAACUAACUAUUAUAAGAAACUAAUUACUAAUUGCCACCAACGUUAUUUAAUAAUUUCCCUGGAUUUCACUGGAAAAUGCCGACCUGGGCUCAGAUUUCGAGUCAACUGCGAGCCACUACCAACCCUGUCGUCUUCUUUGACGUCAGCAUUGGAACAAUGGAAGUGGGUCGCAUGAUAUUUGAACUCUUUGCAGAUGUUACCCCAAGAACAGCAGAGAAUUUUCGCCAGUUCUGCACUGGGGAGAUGAAAAAUAAGGACGGGCUCCCGAUCGGAUACAAGGGCUCCGUAUUUCACCGGGUUAUUAAAGAUUUCAUGUGUCAAGGUGGUGAUUUCCUCAAUUCAGACGGAACUGGAUCCAUGAGUAUUUAUGGACCCACUUUUGAGGAUGAAAGCUUCUCCCUGAGUCAUGAUGUUCCUGGACUCCUUUCAAUGGCCAAUUCUGGUCCUAACACAAAUGGAUGUCAAUUUUUUGUUACGUGUGCUCCUGCAGACUUUUUAAACGAAAAACACUGUGUCUUUGGAAAAGUGAUUGAUGGGUUACUCGUCCUUCGAAAAAUAGAAAAUGUGCCUGUUGGUGCAAAUCACCGGCCUAAAAUUAAUGUUACAGUUUCUAACUGCGGACAACUUUAGUUUGGCUAGUUGUAUAAAUGUAUUAAUUUUUACGUAUAUUUUAUUUUAAAAAAACAUACGACUUGUUUCAUACUUUGUUAGCAGACAUAUUGUGUGUAUGCUUUGGAUUUACUGGGCAGUUAUAAGGAUUCUAUUUAAUACAUUUUCAUACAAUAUUUUCAGAAUAAAUAAUUCCUUGGUUUGCUAUGGA